ACAAACCACAGAUGACGUUGCAGUUCAUCCACUUGUCUCUUCCGCCUUCAUCUUACUAUGUUCAUGGCAAUUGUUUGUCCAUUGUGUCCCGCUCAACGACUCACUAAUCGCCAUAAAUAAUUGACCGUUUGUUCGUUAACAAAACAUUUACUACAAACAAUAUGAAUGCGGCUGUCGACAACACCACACUCUGUCUUUUCGAUGUGGACGGAACGCUAACUGCCGCGCGACAGAAAGUUACUCCAGGAAUAGAGGAGUUCCUGCAGCGUUUGCGGGGACGUGUCCGGGUCGGCGUAGUGGGGGGGUCUGACUUCACGAAGAUCAGAGAACAACUUGGAGAUGAUGUUUUACAGAAGGUGGACUAUGUGUUUGCUGAGAACGGAUUGGUAGCCUAUAAGAAUGGAGAGCUUUUGGCAGUACAGAGUAUUCAGGCAUACAUGGGAGAGGAUCUUCUCCAAGACUUCAUCAACUUUUGCCUUAACUACUUGGCCAAAAUAAAACUACCAAGGAAGAGGGGGACAUUUAUAGAGUUCCGCAAUGGAAUGAUGAACGUGUCUCCUGUGGGCCGAAGCUGUAGUCAGGAGGAGAGAAUAGAGUUCUACGAGCUGGAUAAAAAAGAACGAAUCAGAGAGAAGUUUGUAGCUGUUCUUCAGGAGGAGUUUAAAGGCAAAGGACUGACUUUCUCUAUAGGCGGUCAGAUCAGUUUUGAUGUGUUCCCAGACGGCUGGGACAAGCGUUACUGUCUGGGUCUACUAGAGAAAGACUCAUAUAAAACCAUUCACUUCUUUGGAGAUAAAACUACACCUGGGGGAAACGACUAUGAGAUCUUCGCUGACCCCAGAACAAUAGGACAUCAGGUCACCUGCCCUGAGGAGACACAGCACAUCUGUCAAGAACUAUUUUUCAACUGACGCGCAUACAGGGACAUGAUAGUGAGCCCAGUGCUGUGUCAGAUGACCAGAGAAUGACACAAUGCUGUGCCAGAUGACAAGAGAAUGACACAAUGCUUAUGUGGUUCUGUGUUUAGGUAAUGGUUAUUGUCCAUACUUGUUGGUUAUAAGAUUUACUUUGUUUUAACCAUCCUUGUGACUGUGGAAGACAGAACAUUUUCGCAGUAAAAACCUCUUCAAUCA